AUACAUUUAUUGAGCAAGACAUAAAGAUGGUCCUCAACAGAGUCACCUACAGACGUCGUCUGUCUUACAACACCAAGAGUAACAAAACUAGACUCAACAAAACACCCGGUGGAAAACUUGUGGUGUAUUAUGCCGCUAAGAAGACCAAUCUGGCGAAAUGUGGAGACUGUAAGACCGCGCUGAGGGGUAUUCCUGCUGUGCGACCUAAGAAGUUGGCUAGUCUCUCUAGGAGAAUCAAAAAUGUUUCCAGAAUUUACGGAGGAACUAAAUGUGGUCGAUGUGUAAGGAGCAGGAUUGUACGAGCAUUCCUUAUUGAAGAACAGAAAAUCGUGGCUAGGGUACUCAAAGCUCAGGCUGGAAAGAAAUAACUUCAUUGACUAAAUGACUAGAAUUUUAUUUGGGUAUUUAAUUAAGGGGUUUCGUAUUUAUAAGACUUGUUAGCAGUGUCACUGAUAGGAUACUUUUAAUUUAUUACCGAA